AUGGCCGGAAGGAGGAAAGAAAUUCAGAUACAGGUUGAAAUUACAAGUAAUGAACAAUGGGAAGAAGCACUCGCAGCCCCAGGACUCCUAGUUGUAGAUGUGUAUCAGAAAUGGUGUGGACCGUGUAAGGCUGUACAGAGCCUAUUCCGGAGAUUAAGGACAGAAUUUGGAGAAGACCUCCUCAGAUUUGCUGUGGCUGAAGCAAACACCAUACUUGAUUUAUCUGCUCUAAAGGGAAAAUGUCAGCCUGUCUUUCUUUUCUACUUUGAGGGUAAACUGGUGUCAGUCAUUAAAGGGGUAAAAGGGCCCCUGCUUCAGAGGACCAUAUUAGAGCUGGUGGAGGAAGAGAAGAAGAAACAGGAGUUAGGCUCUAAAUACAUCAGCAAACUUCAGGAAAUUUUCUUGGAGGAGAGACCUAAGGAAAGUAAGCCAGAACCAAGCAAUGAAAACGACAAAGAAACUGAUGACCAUGGGCCGUACCAUGUAGUCAUCAUAAAGCCAGAUGUUGUCGCAGCUGGACACGUGGAGCCAAUCAAACAAAAAGUUGAAGAUGCAGGGUAUUCCAUCAUAGCAGAGGAGGAGAGGGUUUUGAACCAAGAACAGAUACUUGAUUUCUAUCGAGCCAAAGCUGAAGAUUCAGAUUUUAUGCAGCUGAUGUCCAGCGGGCCAGUUCAUGCCCUGAUACUCAGAAAGGAAAACGGUCAGAGUGACAGUGACGGUCUUGACCUCUCGGAGAUAAUCGACCCUAUCCAGGCUGAGCUCGUCAAGACAGAGAAAAGUUCAGAGGACAUCUCUGAGAUGAGCCUUGGAUUCUCCGAUGACAGCAGAGAACUUGCCAGCAGACAGCUGGCUUUUUUCUUUCCAUCCUUCAAUUUCAGCGCUGACACCAGCGCUCCACAGGCAGACACUAACCCCAGGGUCCAGAGAACUGUCGCCCUCAUCAGGCCCGGUCUCCUAAGAGAGAGAAAAGAUGAAAUCCUGCAGACCAUCCGUGACUCGGGUUUCCAGAUCGCCAUGCAGCGUGAGAUGACCCUGACAGAGGAACAGGCCAGAAUGUUUUACAGAGAACAUGAGGGCAAGGAUUACUUCCCCUGCCUCAUCCACCACAUGACCAGUGGCCCUUUGUUGGCUUUAGCCCUGACCCGCGAGGAUGCCAUCCAACACUGGAGAGGAUUACUUGGUCCCAAAAUUCUGGAGGAAGCCAAGCAGAAGUCUCCAGAAAGCUUGCGUUCUCAGUUCGCCAUGGAUGACGUGCCGAUAAACCAGCUCCAUGGCAGCUCCACCCCUGAGGAGGCAGAGAGAGACCUGUCGUGCUUCUUCCCUGUGGAGCACACCCUGGCCGUGAUCAAACCAGGCGUAUCGCAGGAGCAACAAAAUAACAUAGUCAGUCAAAUCAAAGAGGCUGGCUUUAGCAUAUCCCAGGUGAAGGAGACCCAGCUGACUAGAGAUAUGGCACAGAUGUUCUACAAGGAGCACAAGGGGAAGGAGUUUUAUGAUUCUCUGCUAGACUACAUGUCAAGGGCGCCCUCUGUGCUGAUGAUCCUCAGUAAGGAGAAUGCAGUGAAUGAGUGGAGGGAGCUGAUGGGACCAUCAGACCCAGAACAAGCCCGUCAGUGCAGCCCAGGGUCCCUCCGAGCCCAGUUUGCCCAGAGCAUCCUGGAGAACGUGGUCCACGGCUCCUCCAACAUCCAACACGCCACUGACAACAUCAAAUUCAUCUUUGGUGAUGGAGACAUGUAA